AUGAGCUCUGGGAACACUAAGAUCUGGCUCAUUACGGGUGCAUCGUCGGGCUUAGGACGUGCCAUGACCGACUUUGUGCUUCAAAACGGUGACAUUGCCAUUGCGACACUUCGUCAGCCUGACGUUCUUGCGGAUUUGGCAGCGAUCUAUCCCUCUGAAAGACUGCUUAUCCUCAAGCUCGAUGUCAGUCAGAAGUCUGAUGUCGAGGAGGCCUUCGUCAAGGUAAAAGAAGUUUUUGGUCAACUUGACGUUGUGUACAACAAUGCUGGGAUCAUGACCUGGGGAAAGGUCGAGUCGAUGGACGAGGGUAACGCACAAAAGAUGUUUGAAACCAACUUCUGGGGCGCCUCCUAUGUUACUCGGGAAGCACUCAAAUUCUUUCGGGAGGUGAACAAGCCGAUCGGAGGACGCCUAAUACAAGUCUCGUCUUGUCUCGGUGUCCACGCUAGGCCGGGUCUUGGGUAUUAUACAGCAACUAAAUUUGCUCUAGAAGGCCUAACCGAGACAAUCGUGCAAGAAGUCGAUCCUGCCUGGAAUAUCAAGGCAACAAUCGUUGAACAUGGUCCCUUCCGCUCAAGGAUCACGGGUGCUCAUAUGAAGCAUGUUCCACAGCGUCCUGCCUACACUGACCCCAACAUGGCGGGCUCGCAGUACUUCAAGGUCUGCGCAGACCCCGCUUCCUCCAACGGCGAUCCUUACAAAGUGGCUGCGGUGAUGGAUAAGCUGGCGCGACUGGACAACCCUCCCCUUCGACUUCCGCUUCACAAGGAUACGCUGGAGAUGGUGAGGACAAGACUUGAUGUGACGACGAAGGAGCUAGAGUUAUAUGCCACAUGGUCGGAUGAUGUAUGCUUUGAUUGCUCUUGA